AUGGACGAGGAGGAAGGAGUGAAGGUGCAUGGAUAUUGGGGUAGCCCAUAUGUUUACAGGGUGAUCUGGGCUCUAAGGCUUAAGGGUGUUAGAUACAAGUACAUUGAAGAGAAUCUGUGUAGAUCCAAGAAGAGUGGGUUGCUUUUGCAGUAUAAUCCAGUUUACAAGAAGGUUCCUGUGCUUGUUCACAAUGGGAAUCCCAUCUCGGAGUCCCUUGUCAUCCUAGAAUACGUCAAAGAAACAUGGCCACACAAUCCAUUGCUACCUCAAGAUGCAGCUCACAGAGCCUUGGCUCGAUUUUGGAUGAAGUUUGCAGAUGACAAGGUAUCUCUCUUCCUAAAAUUCUUUGGAACGGGCGAGGAUGAAAGUGUGAAGGAAGAGGUGGUGGAAGCUCUAAAGAUGUUAGAAGAGCAAUUAGGUUUGGGAGACAAGAAAUAUUUUGGGGGAGACAAGAUUGGAUUGGUGGACAUAACAUUUGGGUGGCUCGCAAUCUGGUUUGCGGCCAUGGAAGAAAUCAUGGGAGCCAAACUUGUGGAACCAAACAAUUUUCCUCGUCUCCAUGCAUGGGUCAACAAUUUCAAAGAACACCCUGUCAUCAACCAAAACCUUCCUGAUUAUCACAAACUUGUGCGGUUUCUCCAACGCAAAAGGGUUUCCUGUGCCUCAGCUCGUUGA